GGAUCACAUCUCUGACAGCUCUCAGAGAGUGUGAAGACGGAGAGUUGCGAGUGUGUGACGUGUGUGAUAUGGGAACUGUGGUGCCUGUGUAUGCACGUCAGUGAUACUACACAUAAUAUUACAUUAUGUUGGAGAAACCGUCCAGCGCGGAUAACCAGUUAUCCAAAGAAGAUUAUUUAAUAAUGAGAGCUAAGCAGGCGAUGUCGGUCGACAUUUACGCCGCUAAAUCCUGGCUGAUCACCGCGAAAUCUCUGUUUCCUCAUAGCGCCAAAGUUCAGUUUGAGGCGUAUCGUAUCGAGAAGCUGUCGAAAAAUGUGAAGGAGGCGGCCAAGUGCUUCAGCGAGAUAUUCGAAAAUUUUCCGGACGAUCGCGAAAUAUGGAAAGAGAUAGAGACGGUAACAACGUGUCUUCGCUUGGAACAGUGCGACAGCGAGGCCGAAUUCCUGUGCCAGAUGUUUCAACAUAUCCCGCAGGAAUUGCAGCACAGGUUGCUCGUGAUGACGGCGGAUCACAGCGAGGACACGAUGGAGCAUUGCAAAUUGUUGCUGCUGCUGCUGCGCAAGUUUCCUCUGACCGUAGCGACUCACGGACCACGUUUGGUGGAGACCCUGUUAACCGCGGAGAAACACAGUCAUCCAGGCCGAGCCGUGAAUGGUUUCAGAAGAUUGUUGGCGUGCGACGCGCUGCCGUUGCUCGGCGGUGCCGUAGUAGAAUUGAACCCUCGUCUCAGCUUACGACUGUUAUGUAAGGCGGUGGAAUUUUAUUUAGCGUACAUACAACAGCCGCAGGACACGCAAAUUCCAAACCCGUGGGACAGGCUGUUCCAAAUCGUGGAGCUGAUGGGCAAGAAAUUGGGAUGGGAGUUGGGCAGUUUAUUCGCUACGCCUUGGAACCGUGAAACGUACAGCGAUAGACUGCAACAGUACGCGAUUGCGCAUAGCACUGGUCUGUGCGACGAGCCCGUUGUCAGGCAAUUAUUGAUGUGUACAAUUGUAGUAUUAUUAAGAAUACUAAACGAGCAUAACACUCUCAUUGCUAACGAAGAGACCACGUAUUGCCUCGUAGAGGCUUUUGGAGACUGCGUAUAUUCCGCCGAGCCCAAGUUGAAAAAGCGGAAGCGAGAUGAUAACGCCGUCACGAUAAUAACUAGCGACAGUGAUUACAAUGGCAGUGGCCUAGCAUUGGCGGUGAAGCUGUGGGAUUUGCUACACAGCAAUGACUAUCUUCAGAGAGAAAUAACCAAACUGAAUCAACAAUUGCGGCUAGAUAAUUGGCUGAAUCUCUUCUUAACGGACUUAGCAAUGUAUAAAGGUUUAUAUCACGAAGUGUUGACCAGAUUAACAGAGGGAAAUAAUUUAUCCUCUAAUCUUCGUUCGGCCAGUACAUGCUUCUUUUUGAAAGAUUACAAGGGCAUGCUGGAAUAUAUUGUUUUGGUAGUAAACUCGUUGCCCACUGCGUCAGGCAAAGUAUCUCACAAUCUGACAGCCCCAAGCACGAGGCAUUUACAUUACUUGACUCUCGCCCGUUUUCCUAUUUUACAAUACUGUUGCAGAUUGCUUCUUUUAGCGCUAAAGAAAAACUUCUCUUUACCUGGGAGUAUUCGGGACCUGGCUAUUGGUAACGCAUUGGUCCUUAUGCAGAUAGAUUGGCCACAAGAAGCUAGUAUUUUAACUACAAUAACUGAACGAAUUCUCAAUCGUGGAAGCUUCACUUAUCCAUUAUUCCAAGAUUACUUAAUAUGUGUAGAUAUUUUAGAAGAAUUAACGUAUUUAUGGACUGAACAUGGCGGAGGAGUAUUACUGGACCUAACGGCAGCAGCGGGGAUUAUACAAAGCCGCCGCAUCACAACUCGCGGUGCUGAUAAAGGAGUACGCGAGGAAUUGAAGCAAGCCAUGCGUCGACAAGCCGCACGGGACGGUAUCGAACCUUUAGAUGAACUGUUGCAAAAGUUUAUUAUCAACGAACAAGACGUUAUUCUGCAUAGCUUAUUCAUCCAAUGUCCAAUUAGUUCAUCCAAAUCAAAUUAGUUUUGAGUCUCACCAUUUGUAGCGUGUCAUAACUUGUACAAUAUUUUUACAUCGAAUCUUUCGAAACAAUUCCUAACACAUGCAAUCCAAUCCAUAAUAAUUAUGUGACACUUGGUAAAUUAUUUAUGAAGAUUUUAUAAAGUAUAAUAUACAAAAGUUUAGAAAACAA